UGGUCCGGAGAGUGUCUCGCCUGACGAUGUUGCUGAUGAAUUGAACUUUGAAGAGAGAAGGUUAAUGAAGUUGAAGUGCUCGGGGGAAAUGCUCGAACAAGGAAUAACAUAUAUGCCCCAGGCUAUUCUAGAUGAGGUUGAGGCAACAUGGAUGUCAUCCAUUAGGAUUGAACAGCAAACCAGUUCUGCCGGUCGUAAUAGCCGGCAGCAAUACUGACCCCAAGGAAAUCUCUUACGGCUUACCUUAUCUUAUCUUGCUUCAUACAUGGCGUCGAAAGCAAGGACAGUGGAUAUCAACGAGGAUGUCACAAAGUCCCUCAGAAAAUUUCGGUUUCAGCGUAGGAGUCAGGGACACGCAGCAAUCGUUAUCAAGAUCGACAAGGCUGCUCUCAAGAUGGCUGUAGACGAGGAGUAUGACAAUAUUUCGAUCGAAGACCUUGUCGAGGAGCUACCCCGAAACUCUCCCAGAUAUGUCAUGUUGUCAUAUGAACUCAAACACCGCGAUGGCAGGAUCUCAUUCCCACUCGUGCUUAUCAACUGGGCCCCAUCAUCAUCCGAGACAACCAUGAUGACAUUGCAUGCUAGCGCCCUCCUUGACUUCCAAAGAGUCGCAGAAGCAAACAAGACUAUCGAAGUUCGGGAUACAGAAGAGGUCUCACCAAGGAAAUCGUUGACGAAAAACUUCUAUCCUAAUCUGUCAGUCUUGUAUCCUCACCCGCAGUACAACAUAUCGUGGACAUCGCGCUUUUACAUACCAUAAUUGAUCACUGUCUAUAGUCGUUUCGGAGCAUUCAUUGACUUGACCUUGUUAGCAGUAAAACCCCGCUCUCAUUUCCACGACUAUGAGCUCCUGCUGAUAC